UCCAGAGAGCAAUGAAAGCCCUGGGAGGCUGGACACAUGAGGUGAAAAGGGGAACAGAGUGACCCUCAAUGCUCUUUGGGAACAUAGUGGGACCAAAGUCGUGUUGUGCUGCAUCUGUAGUAUCCUGAGCAGAAACUGCAGGAUAUGACAGUCACAUACUCCAGUAGAGUUGCAAAUGCCACAUUCUUUGGGUUCCACAGACUACUUCUCAAAUGGAAAGGAAGCAUCUACAAGCUGCUUUACAGAGAAUUUCUCCUCUUUGCUUGCCUAUAUACAGCCAUAAGCAUCUUGUACAGAUUUUUCCUUACAGGAAGCCAAAAACGGUAUUUUGAAAAACUGUCAAUUUACUGUGAUAAAUACGCAGAACAAAUUCCAGUCACUUUUGUGCUAGGGUUCUAUGUUACGCUGGUGGUGAACCGUUGGUGGAACCAGUUUGUGAAUCUGCCAUGGCCAGAUAGACUGAUGUUCUUGAUCUCCAGCACUAUCGAGGGAAGAGAUGAAUAUGGUCGCUUACUCAGAAGGACUCUAAUGCGUUAUGUGAACUUAACAUCUGUCAUCAUUUUUCGUUCGGUGAGCACAGCAGUCUGUAAAAGGUUUCCAACCAUGGACCAUGUGGUAGAAGCAGGUUUUAUGACACCAGAGGAAAGGAUACUAUUUGAUGACCUUAAGUCUCCCCACCUUAAGUACUGGAUCCCCUUUGUCUGGUUUGGGAAUUUGGCAGCAAAAGCCCAACGAGAUGGAAGAAUCAAAGACAGCAUAGCUUUGCAAACGUUGUUGACCGAGAUGAAUCGUUAUCGUUCAUGGUGUAGCCUGCUCUUUGGUUACGACUGGGUCGGAAUCCCACUAGUGUACACGCAGGUUGUUACCCUUGCUGUUUAUACUUUCUUCUUCGCAUGCCUGAUAGGACGUCAGUUUUUGGACUCUGAUCAAGGCUAUCCAGGUCAUGAUUUAGAUCUUUACAUUCCUAUCUUCACAUUGUUACAGUUUUUCUUCUAUGCAGGAUGGCUAAAGGUUGCUGAGCAGCUCAUCAAUCCCUUUGGUGAAGAUGAUGAUGAUUUUGAAACAAACUGGUGCAUUGAUAGGAAUCUGCAAGUGUCACUUCUGGCUGUGGAUGAAAUGCAUAUGAAUUUACCACCAAUGAAGAAAGAUAUUUACUGGAAUGAUUCCUCAGCACGCCCACCAUACACACUAGCAGCAGCAGAUUCCUGCAUUCCAUCUUUCCUUGGAUCAACAGUUGAAAUGAGCCUGACAGAUAGUCAGUUCCUCCACAGAGAAAACUGGCACCGGGAUUAUGACAAACCCAGAAGGCAGCAUUCAAUGCUAAGAAAAGUAAAACGAUUCCUCAGUGUUCGUGAAGAAUCCCCUGUCCUGCCUAGGAGGAGCUACCAAAGACAGUCUAGUGAGAAUUCUGUUUUUUUCCCAUCUCAUGAAAUGCAUCAUAUUGGCAAUUUGCUAGAAAUCCACUCUAGAGGGAGGCAUUUUGCUACCAAUGAAAGGAAAAACCAUGAAGUGCCUGAUAAGCAUAUGAAGGGACAUGGAAGUCUAGAUUUAGCAAUAAUUAGAGAAACCAGCAAAAACGAUGCACUGGAAAUUGAAUCCCAGUGCACUGCGGGUGACAGCAUAGCUAAAAUGGCCUCACUGACUUCUGAAAAGAUUGUUGUUGAAACAGAGGGCAAGAAAGCCAGAGUGGGUUCACAACAAAACAGCACUGCUGAAAUCCUGACAAAGGAAGAUCCUCAUAGUCACAGGGAGUCAGAGACUGACUCUGAGGGGCUCACAAUGACCCCCAGUGUGUCACACAGCAGUCCUGUAAAUUCACUGGGAUCUCCUUCAAAAACAUCUCUGCUUCAGACGGAAUCCAAGAAGCAAGAGUCAUCCCUAAGCAUCCAAGGGGAAAAAGUACCACAGUCACUUCAAAGUACAUCUGGUAGCACUCCAGACAGUAAAAGGUGGAGGUACUCAGAUGUUCCUACUCAAGAUUUGGCACCCCUUUUAACAAAAUCGUGUAGUACAUCUUCUGGAACAAGCAACCUGAGCACUGAACACAGUCCUGCUUCUGUUUCUCCUGCUACAAAGACAUUUGAUGUAAGCCACUGGCUAGAACAAGCUGAUGUUAAAGAAACAGAUAUCCUUCAUAUUGCUGAGUUUAGCAAUGAGAAACACAAAGGACAUCUCUGACAAACCCGACAGCCCAGAGACAUUUUGCUGCUAUGGACUCCUUUACCACACAGCAUAUUUAUUUUUCACAGCUUCCUUCAGGACAAACAAAGCUACGCAAGUGACACACUGUGAACUACUCUUCAAAUGCUUUGAAUGCUUUUAUUUUGAUAAAAUAAGUUCAUAAUGUUUACACGCACUUCGGUUUAGUUUUUCUGAACAAGUCUCUGUUUAUGUGGAACAGAUGGUGAUGAGAUAACAGGUAGGUCGGAGAGUGUGUGCUAAAGGGAGCGCACCUCAGGAAACUGAUUUUUUUUUGUCUCAUUGUGAAUUCCCCCCCCCAAAAAAAGGGGGGAGUACAGCAAUAGCAUUUACCAGCAGAAUGGUUGCCCCCUUUUUCCGUAUUGUGACAUAGCAAUUGGAAAAGGCAUAUCCAGUGGCAUAUCCAGCCACUCCAUCCAGCCCAUGUGGUGCCCAUCCUCCUCACAUUCACAUCCAGAAAACAGGCUUCAAAUAAACAAAACAAAACCUUUCAUCGGUGGUAAUGGAGCAUAGGAGUGAUGGGAAGGGGUUGCAUCUCUCCCUUUAAAAUAAAUAAAUGAAUCACUUCUCCUUCAAUAUUCAUGCAGAUUGCAUCUGGGAAGAAAGAGGUUGACCAUUCCUUCCCAUCAUCUGUGACAUCCUCAGAAAUCACCUAUUUUUCCCAGUAUAAGAAAAACACCCAUCUGGAAUAAGUAAUCCCUCUGCACCAGAAGGGCUAGGUGAAAGUCUUGCAGAAUUCAACAUACCAUCACU